AUGUUUACAAGGCAAGUAGCAAACAAGUUGGUCAUUGUGCUUGUGUAUGUAGAUGAUUUGUUGAUUACUGGCAGUGAUACUGAUAUGAUAGAACAGCUCAAGUGUACACUGAAUUCUAAGUUCAAGAGGAAAUAUUUGGAUAUUGGGGCAAGGGGAGCAAGGCCUUCUCCAACACCUUUGGAGCAGAAUAAUAAUUUCUUUGAUGCUUUAGAUACUAAGUGUUUGAAGCAGAAUGAAGAAGGCAUGCCUGGAAAGGUGCAUAUGGAAGCAACAUUGAGAGUUGUACGAUAUAUUAAAAAGAAUCCAUGGCAGGGAAUUUGGCUAGAUUCUUCAAGUACAUGUGGUUUAAUUGCCUUUUGCGACUCUGAUUGGUCAACUUGCCCAAUAUCAAGGAAGUCAGUAACAAGAUACUACAUAAAACUUGGGAAUUCUUUGAUAUCAUGGAAGUCAAAAAAACAGAACACAGUGGCUCGUUCUUCAGCAGAAGCUGAGUACAGAAGUAUGGCCAUGACUACAGCAAAGUUGAUUUGGCUAAGUGGAUUGCUGAAUGAACUUGGAGUGAAACGAGAUCAUCCUGCUAAGCUAUUCUGUGACAGUAAAACAACAUUAUAG